UCCCUCAUCCCUUAUAAAAUCCUUCCCGUCUCGUCUCAUCUCCCCGUCAAAAGCUUUGAAAUAAAAAUGGCUUGCAAAACGAUCGUACGCUCCGUUUUCAUAUCGGAAUCACGUCGGGCUUCCGCCGCAAGCAGAUGCUUCUUCUUCCCUCCUUCUCUCUCCGCGUCUGUUCCGGUCCACGGUUUGUUCCCGGCGCCAAAGAGUCUAAGCUUCUGUGGUUUUGCCUCUGUGCCCGACCGUCUCCCUCGUCUCAAUUGCACUCUCAAUAACGACCAAUCCGAGCAAGGACCGCCUCAAGAAGCUGUUCUCAAGGCCAUUUCAGAAGUGUCAAAGACUGAUGGGAGAGUUGGCAAAACUACUAAUGUGAUAAUUGGAGGCACUGUCGCUGAUGAUUCUGCUCAAGACUGGCUCGAACUUGACCAAAAGGUGAACACAUACCCAACAGAUAGAGGGUUUACUGCAAUCGGGACUGGUGGCGAUGACUUUGUGCAUGCUAUGGUUGUUGCUGUUGAAUCUGUUAUUGAACGUCAAAUUCCUGAGGAUUGUGUAAAGCAGACAUUAUCAAGCAAAGGCAAAUAUGUGUCGGUGAAUAUUGGCCCUAUUCGAGUUGUCUCUAGCGAACAGGUACAAGCUGUGUAUAAUGCAAUGAGGAGAGACGAAAGAAUGAAAUAUUUCUUGUAGGUUUUAAAGGUGUGGCAGAAUCACGGGUCUGCCCUCUUCCUUCUUUUCCACUGCGACUAUGUAAAUUAUGCGGUGUAAGGCGCCAUCAUUUAUAUUAUUAGUUUUGCUUAUCUACUACACCAACUAAAAGUCUUCCUUAUGUCUUAUGCAUCUGGGGGAAUUCGACAUUUAUUAUAUUAAAGAUGAACUUCGCUGCAAA